AUGGAAUCCGGCAAGAAGUUGGAAGGCUGCGGUUGUAACAAGUCGGCGAAUAAAAGUGCAAACGCCCAAUCCAAACCCGAUGGCCCUCCGCCGAAAACGGGAUGUUCCACGCAACCCUGUUGCCCUUGCCCGUGUCCCGCCGAGGAAUGCAAAGUCACCCUGAAGACGGUCCGGGACUUGGUCGAGGCCGAAAACAAAGACGUCGAGCUGUCGGAACUGUUGAGCGGCAUCACCAUAUUGGACGAGAACAGGCCGAAAAAGAAAAUACUCAGCAUGUACGACGCUCAAGCGAAAAUCAACCGUGUCGAAACCGAACACAGUGUAGAUCCCGAAUACAUAGCGUUCAUAAUGAAGACAAUCGAAGACGGGUUCAACAUGAAAACCGACCCGAUCGAAAUGUAUGAGCAUUUGUUUUCAAAAGGCAACGAGGACGCGCCCCUCGUGGCCUUGGGUCCAACCGCAGACAUUUCAAACGAAGAUCUCGUAGUGCCACUGUCGGCUCCGGCGGUUGUGGACGCAAAGGAUCCGGAUUACGAAAAGGGUGCACGGUUCAGCAGAAUCAUACCCAAGCUCAAUAUAGCCGUGGCGGAGGCGUCGGAAAUUGAAAAAGUAGACGAUAUCCAAGUGUUGAUAGGAGGAAGUGCACAGGACGAGAAAAAAACCGAUUCGGCCGCCGACGCGGAAGAGGAGACCCGCAACUUGAAACUGGAAACUAGGAGUCCCAUACAGUCGGCCGCCGUGUUAAGAGGGUCCGUGCCUCCCACUUGGUUCCCCGGAUAUAACGUCGCUCUGCCCAACACUGGCCAUCCAGCACUGGAAAGUGAUCCGGAAGCCGUUUUGGAACAAGCCUGGUUUCACAGCCAACCUUUGGCGCUGCAGUUGGAAGACAAAGGGGCGAAACUCAUUGGAUCCUAA